AUGGUGAUGAAGAACGAGAAGACUCUGGAAAACGCAACAGCAAAGCAUGCCAGCACUAAGACUGCAACAAAGAGACCUACCUCUAAGGUCCCCACUAAGACUGCACCAAAGAAACCCAUCGCUAAGAGCACUCCAACAGAAACCAACAACUGUAAUUUCAGUUACAAUAGUAAAAUAGCCAGCGAAGGAGGGGCGUCACCGGCAACAGAGCAAGGGCGCCGGCGUCUCCGGCUCCUUCAGGCCUUCCAAGGAGGAGCUGAAGAAGGCUGCGCCCAGGCCCGAAGCUCACCACAACACAUCCUCGGCCUUGGCUUCACCAAACGCCUUCUUCACAGCAUCUUUGAGUCUAUCACAACAUUAAAUCUCGCUUUCAUAAUGGUCAAGAGUGCUGCCAAGAAAGCCGGAGAGGCAGCCGGACGCCCCAAGUACAGCGAGAUGGUCGCCGCCGCCAUUACAGCCUUGAAGGAGCGGAGUGGUUCCUCCCGUCAGGCGAUCCUCAAGGGACGGGAGCCUCUGGCUCUUCUCAAGCGGCCAAGGUGGAAAGGCAAAGCGGAGGGAAGGAACCCGGCUGCGAGUAACGGCGAAGUGAGAAACCGGUUGAACGAGAAGACUAAGGGAAACGUGACGGCAAAGAAACCCAGCGCGAAGAAGGAAUCACUGAAGAAAACCACAAAGGAAAAGGUUUCGACAAAGAAAGCCGCCUCCAAGGAGGAGCUGAAGAAGGCUGCGCCCAAGAAGGGCUCGGCCAAGAAGAUGACGAAGAACGAGAAGACUAAGGGAAACGUGACGGCAAAGAAACCCAGCGCGAAGAAGGAAUCACUGAAGAAAACCACAAAGGAAAAGGUUUCGACAAAGAAAGCCGCCUCCAAGGAGGAGCUGAAGAAGGCUGCGCCCAAGAAGGGCUCGGCCAAGAAGAUGACGAAGAACGAGAAGACUAAGGGAAACGUGACGGCAAAGAAACCCAGCGCGAAGAAGGAAUCACUGAAGAAAACCACAAAGGAAAAGGUUUCGACAAAGAAAGCCGCCUCCAAGGAGGAGCUGAAGAAGGCUGCGCCCAAGAAGGGCUCGGCCAAGAAGAUGACGAAGAACGAGAAGACUAAGGGAAACGUGACGGCAAAGAAACCCAGCGCGAAGAAGGAAUCACUGAAGAAAACCACAAAGGAAAAGGUUUCGACAAAGAAAGCCGCCUCCAAGGAGGAGCUGAAGAAGGCUGCGCCCAAGAAGGGCUCGGCCAAGAAGAUGACGAAGAACGAGAAGACUAAGGGAAACGUGACGGCAAAGAAACCCAGCGCGAAGAAGGAAUCACUGAAGAAAACCACAAAGGAAAAGGUUUCGACAAAGAAAGCCGCCUCCAAGGAGGAGCUGAAGAAGGCUGCGCCCAAGAAGGGCUCGGCCAAGAAGAUGACGAAGAACGAGAAGACUAAGGGAAACGUGACGGCAAAGAAACCCAGCGCGAAGAAGGAAUCACUGAAGAAAACCACAAAGGAAAAGGUUUCGACAAAGAAAGCCGCCUCCAAGGAGGAGCUGAAGAAGGCUGCGCCCAAGAAGGGCUCGGCCAAGAAGAUGACGAAGAACGAGAAGACUAAGGGAAACGUGACGGCAAAGAAACCCAGCGCGAAGAAGGAAUCACUGAAGAAAACCACAAAGGAAAAGGUUUCGACAAAGAAAGCCGCCUCCAAGGAGGAGCUGAAGAAGGCUGCGCCCAAGAAGGGCUCGGCCAAGAAGAUGACGAAGAACGAGAAGACUAAGGGAAACGUGACGGCAAAGAAACCCAGCGCGAAGAAGGAAUCACUGAAGAAAACCACAAAGGAAAAGGUUUCGACAAAGAAAGCCGCCUCCAAGGAGGAGCUGAAGAAGGCUGCGCCCAAGAAGGGCUCGGCCAAGAAGAUGACGAAGAACGAGAAGACUAAGGGAGACGUGACGAAGAAACCCAGCGCGAAGAAGGAAUCACUGAAGAAAACCACAAAGGAAAAGGUUUCGACAAAGAAAGCCGCCUCCAAGGAGGAGCUGAAGAAGGCUGCGCCCAAGAAGGGCUCGGCCAAGAAGAUGACGAAGAACGAGAAGACUAAGGGAAACGUGACGGCAAAGAAACCCAGCGCUAAAUCUGCAACAAAGAGACCUAUCUCGAAGGUCCUUACUAAGACUGCCACAAAGAAACCCAGCACUUAG